UCUCACGGUAAGCAGAGUUGCCUCACCCAAAACAAACUUCAUCUAUCUUCUAUUAUUUCAACCUCUUCGUAUAAAAUUCCUCCCUUUUCCCUUCAAUAUCAUCACAACCAGGAAUCAAAUGGCACAAAGAAGUUCAAAACUCGCUCUAGCCCCCAUCAUCAUCGCCCGUAACAUUAAGUUGUUCUUUGGCUCAACCGCCACGUCAACCUCCGAUUAUUAGUCUUCAACCUUGCAUUGGAUUCGUUACGAGUAACUCACCGGUUCCAACCUCUCAAUGCUGACCUGAGCUUGCAAGUUUGGUGCAGACUCAAGCACACUGCAUGUGUGCAUUCCUUAAUAUUGCUGCAUCUCAACUUCCAUUGCCUGUGAACCAAACUCAGGCUAUCAUUCUUCCUGGUGCUUGCAACAUCCAGGCUCCACCACUUAGCCCGUGUAACGCUGCAUCUACAGCAUCAGCUGGAUCAUCACAAGGAGCUUUGGCACCAGAUUCUCCGGCAACACAGACGGAUGCGAGCAAUCCAUCAAAUCCCUCGACAACAGGUGUCCCUGCAUCUAGAGGUGGAUCAAAAACAGGCCAGAAUAAAGAAAAACAGUCAUCAUCAGCCAUAAGCUCUACCAAGUUCUCCCUUUUGUUUUCCUUCUUCCUUUUUGUCGCUUCAUCCUUCAUUAGCUUCAACACCAACUACUGUAUUGUGAAUCUGUGAUCCUUUGUCUUGUAUCUAUGUAUAUCUGGAACUUGGGUACUAGUGGUUUAGGAAACACUCUGUUUGAGCCAGC